CUUUUGUUUACAAUUUCAAUAUUUACAAUUAUUUAUAUUUUCAAUUUCCAACUGCCCAACUGAAAUGUGGACGACGCCAAGCAAUGGGGACAGCUUCGUGAAUAUGGAUUGCAGCAAGAACGUGGUAACCAUUAUGCCAAGUGUGGAAAUGUUGGUCAGCUUCUCGCAUGACACGAUGCGCGCCAAAAAGCCUUGUCUACUGUACGCCGAACGGAUGGACUUCAAAGAGAUGAUGCAACUGCGCUUAGCGGAGAAAGCCGAUCAGCGUCGCAUGUACAUAACGACUGUGGACUGUACUUCCUUUCACGAGCUGAAGCAGGAUCAGUGCCUGAAUGUGACCUUCGCUGGGUUCAUGGACAAUGUGGUGCGCAUGCUCAGAGACUGCCAGUCGGGCAAACUGGAGCUGCACCUGGCCGCCAGAGAGCCAUCUGGCUCCGAAUACCAGCUGCAGUUUGUGGAAAUUAGAUCGUUCAAGAAUCUCAUACACUUGUGCCUGCCCUGCCGUUCUGCACCUCUAAACACGGUGCUCUACUACAUAAAUCUCAUGCUAGAUGCCUCGCACAAGAAGUGCUUUCUGCUGGAGGAGAGCAUACAGCAGGUGCAGCUAGAGUUGAGCUCACAGCGUGCGCACAUGGAUAGAUUGGGUGCGGAAAACAGCAAACUAAGAGAGGCACUGGCGGAGAAUACGCAACGUUUGGAGGAGCAGCACGCUGCGGAGUUGCAGCAAAUGCAGGAGCAACUGUCGAAGGUGAACGAGCAGCGCAGCAGUGAGCUGGAACGCAAUCGCAGAUCGAUCUCCAGCAUCCAGGCGCAGUUGGAGAAGGCAAACGCGGACAAGUGCGACACAAAGAUUGCGCUGGAACAGGCCGAGCAGCGCACCCAAGCAUUGAGUGAUGAGCUAGCCAGCUGCAAGUCCCGCAUGUGCAGCCUCAAGGAACAAAACGAUAAGCUGCACAGCGACAAAGUCAAUGCCAAGAAGCACGAGCGAAAAUUGGAGUACAAAAUUGAAGAUCUCAAGCAGCACACCGCCGAGCUGCAGGAACACAUUCAGCGAGGAAACAAGGAGAAGGCCAACGUGGCUGCCGAGCUGGAGGCGGAGAAGAAGAUUUUGCACACGAAGCGGCAGGCGCUGGAAAUGGCAUCCGAGGAGAUUGCCAAGGCCAAUCAGAUAAUCCUCAAGCAGAACCAAGAGAUCCUGGGCCACAGGAAAACGAUUGGCUGGCGCACGGAAGUGGCGCUGCAGCAGGAAAAGGCCAUUCAGGAGAAGGAGAAACUAUUGUCCCUGCGCGAGAAUGAGCUGAGGGAAGCGCGAAUAACAAUCAAAGAGCUGCGCGAGGAGAUCCCCCACCAACUGCUGUCCAUGCGACAGUUUGCCAACACCCUGGAGAAAAAGUAUUCAAGUCAGAUACUCACACUGAAGGAACGUUUGUCAGGAACGUGCACCGGCAAGGAGAAUCGCCGCUAGGAGGCCACGUGCUUAGUUUUUCAUGUUUCUUAUCGUUAAUUUAUUCUCAUUUCUCAUUGAUAGGUUUAAUAAAAUUAAGUUGUAUUGUU